AUGGUUACACUAUUAAUUUAUCAUCCAAAUUUAUCUCAAUAUCGAUAUCAAGGUUUAUGUUAUCGUGGUAUGAUAAUAACACAAAAUGAUUUAGAUCGAUAUCAGUUAAAUCAGCAUGUAUUAAACCGUUCGUUUUUAUCAACAUCUAUUGAUCGUCAAGUAGCUAAAAUGUUUGCUGGUGAAGGACAACAAUCCCAAAUGAGACAUACGCCUGAAGGCCAACGUGCUUUACAAUAUUCAUGUUUAUGUCAAUAUUUAGUGAAACAAAAUUCAACAGCUAUCAAUAUCGAAUGUUUGUCCAUGAACCCAGAAGAAAAAGAAAUUUUAAUUCUUCCAUUUACCGUUUUUAAAGUAACAAAUAUUAAACGAAAUUAUUUUGAGGAUAUAACAUCAUCGAUUUCGGUUGAAAUCGAAUUAGAAGAAUGUGAAGAUCCAAAUGAUAAUCAAAAUCCAUUAGAAAAUGAGAAAAAACCAAAACAACGCAAGCGUAUUCGUAUCAUUGGAUUAUUACUAUCAGUCUUCCUUUUAAUUUUAAUUAUAACAAUUGUUUCUAUUAUUAUUAUUCUUAAUAAUGGAAUACUUACCAUGACAACUACUACACACAUAUCAAUCCCUAUAACAGAAGAAGGUAAUGAUAUCGACUAUCCAUUAUCAAUAGGUAGAAGUUCCAGCUCAAUCCAUAUGGGAUUAAAAUGUGAAAUACAAUGGAGUCAUUUUAACCGUGAUUGA